GGGUCCUCGGCUAAAGCCAAAAGCGGAUCAAAGUGGUGGGACUCGCGCCGCGGCCGCGGAGACGUGAAGGCCGUCCGCACGCCUCCUCCCGAUCCGGGUCGGUGCUCGCCCUCGCUCUAUCUCCCCGUCCUCAUGGAGAAGACGGAGCUGAUCCAGAAGGCGAAGCUGGCCGAGCAGGCCGAGCGCUACGACGACAUGGCCACCUGCAUGAAGGCCGUGACCGAGCAGGGCGCCGAGCUGUCGAACGAGGAGCGCAACCUGCUCUCGGUGGCCUACAAGAACGUGGUGGGGGGCCGCAGGUCUGCCUGGAGGGUCAUCUCGAGCAUCGAGCAGAAAACCGACACCUCCGACAAGAAGUUGCAGCUGAUUAAGGACUACCGGGAGAAAGUGGAGUCUGAGCUGAGGUCCAUCUGCACCACGGUGCUGGAAUUGUUGGAUAAGUAUUUAAUAGCCAAUGCAACUAAUCCAGAGAGUAAGGUCUUCUAUCUGAAAAUGAAGGGAGAUUACUUCCGGUACCUUGCUGAAGUUGCAUGUGGUGAUGAUCGAAAACAAACGAUAGAUAAUUCCCAAGGAGCUUACCAAGAGGCUUUUGAUAUAAGCAAGAAGGAGAUGCAGCCCACACAUCCCAUCCGCCUGGGGCUGGCUCUUAACUUUUCUGUAUUUUACUAUGAGAUCCUUAAUAACCCAGAGCUUGCCUGCACACUGGCUAAAAUAGCUUUUGAUGAGGCCAUUGCAGAACUUGAUACAUUGAACAAAGACUCCUACAAAGACAGCACCCUCAUCAUGCAGUUGCUUAGAGACAACCUAACAUUAUGGACAUCAGACAGUGCAGGAGAAGAAUGUGACGCGGCAGAAGGGGCAGAAAACUAAAUGCGUACAGGGUGUCAUCCUUCUUCCCCUCAAGAAACCUUUUUACUCAUCUCCAUUCCUUAUUCCAUUUGGAUUUCCUAUAGCAAAGAAACCCAUUCAUGUGUAUGGAAUCAACUGUUCAUAGUCUUUUCACACUGCGGCUUUGGGAAAACUCCAUUCCUUGAUUUGUGUUUGUCUUGGCCUUCCUGGUGUGCAGUUACUGCUGUAGAAAAGUAUUAAUAGCUUCAUUUCAUACGAACGUCAGUAACUUCCAAACACUUAUGUAGAGGACUAAAAAUGUAUCUGGUAUUUAAGUAAUCUGAACCAGUUCUGCAAGUGACUGUGUUUUGUAUUACUGUGAAGAUAUGAAAAUGCAGUUCAUUACAAUUUCAAAAGUGUUCUACAUAACUUCUUAAUUUCUCCAUUCCCUCCCUUACUUCUUUGGGGGUUUCCUUUUAGUAAGCAACUUUUCCGUGCUCUUCCUGUAUUCCUUUUUGGUAGGAAUCCAGAAGUAUUAGAUUGAACGGAAAAGCAUUUGGCAUUUCUGCGCGGGGGGUCGCAAAUUGAAAUUCCUCCUGUAUCAAAUAUGAUGGAGGUCUUGGGUAUCUGUGACAACAGGAAGUUUCCUUACUCAUUCUUCAUUUGCUGCUGUUUAAGUUGACAACUUCCCUUCCCAAUAAAAAUUCACUUACA